AUGAAAAGCGAAGCAAAAAGUAAAGCAAAAGCAAAACAAAGAGCAAAGCAAGACAAGCAAAAAGCAAAGCAAAAAGCAAAGCAAAAAGCAAAGCAAAAAAUAAAGCAGAAAGCAAAACAAAAAGCAAAGCAAAGAGGUGAAGACAAAAAAUAA